AUGCAGUCUAUCACUGUAGGCACAGUCGUAUCAUUCUUCGAUGUGAAAGUUGUGAUUGAAGCAGUUGGCCUAACGACACUGAUUGUGAUCAGUUUGUUCGUGUAUACACUACAGUCGAAACGCGAUUUCCAGAGCUACUGGGCAGCUUUAUUCAGUGUUUCUACAGUUUUCCUCGUUGCAUGCUUUGUACAG